CGAGCGGCUUCCUGCUCCCCCCCCCCACACACUGCCCCACAUCCCCGGCCAGCCCCUCCCCGCAAGCCGCCCUCUGCAACAGGAAACCCCGCCAGGGCCUUGCGUCGGGAGGCAGCAGGAGCCAAACUCAAGUUCGAUCCAGGUAGAUGCUGGCCCUGAACACUUGGACCCCUUGACUCACCUGGGGACCUUACCCCCACCCGCCCCACAGGGGCAGAAUGGAGUUGGAGGAAGGAUACAAUGGGAACCCGGCACUGGGUGCCCGCAGUGGGUCGGCCAUGGCGAUCAUCGGAGCGGAAGACGAGGACUUUGAAAACGACAUCGAGCCAUUCCAGAACCCGGAUGCACAAAGCAGCAUGUUCCAGAGCCUGGACCUCUUAACACGGCAUCCUGCCUACUUGAUGGUUUUCCUGCAGCAUGUGGUGCUGCAGUUCGACUCCAGCCCUGUGCUCUGUUACCUUCAUGUGGACCUCAUACUGAACCGCCUCGGGGCCAAGGAGGCGAAGAAGCAGUUUGUGGAAUUCUGCCAUACGUUCCUAGACAAAGCUGGGCUGCUGAGGGUUCCUGUUCCAUCUUCCGUACAGUUUGAGCUGGAUCGUAACCGACCCGAGCUUCUACCCGAUGACCAGCAGCGAAAGCACUUGCAGGACAUCCAGUCUUUCCAAGAACAGGAGAUUGCUCGGCAGCUGGAGGACUUCAGGGAAAAGAGGAAGAUGGGGAUGACCCCGGGGGAGUCUGAGCUCUUUGAGUUGGAAGGCUAUCGGACGAAGGACAAAGGCAUCCGUGAGGCCAAGGAGAAGCAGCUGGCCGAGUUGCUGAUGGUGAAGCUGGAGGAGAUGCACCCCACCAUUUCUGUCGACGAGGAGAAAAGUUCUGCCAUUUUUGCCGCCGUUGUGACAUAUAUGAAGUCCCUGGGGGUUAAGACGAAAGCCGCCGAUAACAAGAAGUCGAAAGCCAACUUCUUCCGCAAGAAGAUUUCGGGGACCAAGAAGCCUGAGGAAGCUCCCAAAUCAAAGAAGGGCUUCAGCAUUUUGGACCCAGCACGCUGGAACCGGGGAGACUCCCACUAUUCUGAUUACAGACAAUCCAAACCAGAGGGUGAAGCAGCUGAUAAGGCACCGGCCUCGGACAGGAAAGGAAAGCUAUUGGAGGGAGGCCCAGGGCGGGGCAAGGGAAGCUUUUCGGGGUCGGAUCCUGCGGGAGUGUCCGUCACUGUUCACCCCCCUCCUGGGGAGGGCAAUGACAGAGAGCAGGGUGCCGACAGUCAGGUUCCAACUGAUGCCUCCGACUCCCCGGUUACAGAGCAGCCCCAGGCUGGGGAGCAGCCCCCAGCUGAAGAUGGCACAGAAAACGAAAGAAGGCGAAAAAGGCUGUCAGCAAAGCUGGGCCGCUCCGAGAGCCUGCGGGUGUACGAGCGGAAGCGGUCUCAGCGCGGCUCAGCCAAGGGCAAGCAGCCACGAUCGCGGAGCGACGUGGACGUCGAAGCCGCUGCCCGUGCCAAUGAGAUGGAGGAGAAGCAGUACCUAGAACAGGCUCGGCAGAAGCAGGGGAGUCGCAAUCUGGAACCGGGAGGGGCUGGGGGAGGGGAGCCCCCGCCGUCCUUUCUGCAUCCCCAGUCUGAGGAGACUGAGCCGCGUGUUUCGGAACUGGAGCUGGACCCGCCAAACUGGCGGGAGCUCGUCUCCAACGACACCCUCCUCAGGCUGAAGAAAAGCGAAGUGAAGCGGCAAGAGGUCAUCAAUGAGCUGUUCAUCACCGAACACGCCCACCUGCGCAUGCUACGGGUGCUGCUGGAGGUCUUCUACCAACCUCUGCUGGCCGAGGAGCACUUCAGGGAGAGCGAACUGGUCAACAUCUUCCCCAGCUUGGAGGACUUGAUCGAUGAACACAAGGUGUUUCUGGAGAGCUUGAAGAAGCUGAGGGAGGAAAACAAUUCCCUUGUUUCUGAAAUCGGGAGCACUCUGCUGGCUCGGUUUGAUGGUUCUGAAGGAACCUGGUUCCAGAAGAUUUCGGCCCGUUUCUGCAGCCGCCAGUCGUUUGCUCUGGAGCAGCUGAAAGCCAAGCAGAAGAAAGAGCCGCGUUUCAACCAGUUCAUCCAGGAGGCAGAAAGUCAGCCUCGUUGCCGGCGGUUGCAACUGAAGGACAUAAUCCCCAUCGAGAUGCAGAGGCUGACCAAGUAUCCGCUGCUCCUUCACAGCAUUGCCAAAUGCACAGAGGAGGCCGAGGAACGGCAGAAAGUGCAGAGGGCGGCUGACUGCUGCCGGCAGAUCCUCAACCACGUCAAUCAGGAGGUGCGCAACAUGGAGAACUUGCUGAAACUGAAAGAUUAUCAGCGUCGGCUGGACCUCUCCAACCUGAAGCAAAGUACCGACCCACUGCUUAGUGAAUUUAGGAACAUCGACAUCACCAGGAAAAACCUCGUGUAUGAGGGACCUCUGACUUGGCGUGUCACCAAGGAUAAAUCAGUAGAUGUCCACGUUCUCCUGCUGGACGACAUCUUGAUGCUUCUGCAGAAGCAGGAGGAGCGCCUGGUCCUCAAGUGCCACAGUCGCACCAUCACCCCAACCCCUGACGGGAAGCAGAUGCUGAGCCCCAUCAUCAGGCUCAAUUCAGCCAUGACACGCGAAGUGGCCACAGAUAUCAAGGCUUUCUAUGUGAUUUUCAGCUGGGAGGAUGGAGCUCAGAUCUAUGAGCUGGUUGCGCAGACGGUGCUGGAAAGGAAGAAUUGGUGCAGUAUGAUCAGCGACACAGCCGGCUGCCUGAAGGUCCCCAUUAAACCACGGCUUUCAGUGCCAAACAGUCGGUCUUCGCCACACAGCCCCAGCUUCGGCUACUCAGAGGGGUUGCUGGGUGGAGCGGAGAACGGCAGCUCCCACAAGGAGACCCUGCAUUCAGAGGCAGAGCGGGAGAAGGAUGGGAUGCUGGAAGGGGCCGAAUUCGAGGGGCGCAGCCCUGUGAGCGGACCGAAGCUGGGCAAGGCAACAGAAGAGAUCUUGGACGACAUGCUGAACUUGCACAAGCACCAGCCCGUAGGCCAGGGGGCCCUGUCAUCCGCUGCACAGGACAGAAUAUCAGCCCUGAGGAGACUACUUCAAGUAUCGGAGGAAGGGGAGGUUGCCUUCCCAGCAGCAGAACCUGUGGACCGUCCGCCAGAGAACGGGAACCCCCGCGAGGGGGGAGAAGAAGAACAGGAGUGGGAGACGGGUCAUGGGACGGAGGCAGACGGCAGCCGGCGGCAUCCAGGAGGUCUCCCCAAUGGCCCCUUGGAGCCAGAGUGGGGCUCAGAGCACCUGGAUAGGGAAGGAUCCAGUUCCAUAAUUCUGACCCACCAACAAUCUGACGGGGUGAAGCAUCACUUGCGGCUUCUGGAAGAUGCAAUCCAGGGUCUGAAGGAAAUUGAAGCGGAUUAUUGGCACCUGCAGCAGCUGAUAGGAAAACUCACGCCAUCUCAGCCGCCCAGUUUCACAUGAGGCUUAGCCAAGCAGAGAAGGCCUGUCUUUAACAGGGAGGAAAAGGGAUCUUCUUUGCCAACCGCUCUCUCCAGCCAGAUGUUCCUCCCCCUCCUCCGGCAACACCAGCAACCAAGUUCGGCCUACACUGCUUUUUGUAUAGAGGAUUUAUAAUGCAGGGAAAGAUUCUGGGGUUAUAAAUAUAUAUUAUAUAUAUAUAUAUAUAUAUUCUACCUAGACCACGCUAUAGGGGGGCCAUAUUUAGAGGCUGCGGAACUGCAUGUGAGUAAGGGGGUCAAACCCUUCCUGAGGGGGUGGGGUUAGCUAUGUCAUCAGGCCAUAGAGGUGCUCUUGGGUGGGGUGGGGGGGUCAGCUUUUGCUUUAGCUAUGGGAGUAAUUUGUGGUGUCUGUCCCAAAGAGAGGCGAAUUUAAAAAUUGGGUCCCUAGUGGACCAAAGAUCAUGGGUGUGUGUGGGUGUGGGUGUUGCAAGGCACUUGUAGGCUUCUGAUCUCCACAGACCUAUUCAGAACACAACUGCUGGAGACAUCAAACUUGACCUCCUUUCUGCCAAAAGGAAACCAGCCAAAUAAUCUCAGGGAAGGUUUGCAAGGAGGGUAUGAUGAUAGCAAUAUCUAGCCCCUCCUCAAAUUGUCAAUCAUCCUGGUGGUGUAAGCUUGCCUUACAGUAUAUCCUCACACGUGGACUUAACCCUCUAAAUAGGCACCUCAUCCUUUUAAAAAGGAAGCACUUGGUGGCAGCGGCCGCAGCAACCACCGCGGUUUCAUGGGGGAGGCAAAUCUUUAACUCACGUAACUUGGCUUUCCUUGCCUUUACUCACCUCCCUGUCCCCAGAAACGCCCCGCUUUUCUAGAAUGCGUUUUUAUCCUUUUCCUGCCUCAUUUGUUCACACCUGCAGUCUUGCCAAAGCUGUCUCCCUCCAUCCCUUGGCCCAUUGCUACCUUGCCAUUCCACACAGUGCUUUUGUUUUGGCACCAGUUCAGCUGAGACACACACACACUCACAAGCACACGGCAGGAAAGCCUUGGGUUUGCACGCAAACUGUAUCGGCUGCCCUGAAACUUGAGCUGGUUCUCUCCUCCCAGAAGACUGGUCUCUCCUUGCUGGGUGACCCUUCACAGCUGGCUCACAACCUAACGGAAGGCGGGCUGCCCCGGCAGUGCCAUAACCACCUUCUGAAGAGAGGAGAAAAGGCAGCUGAAAUGGGUCUUGCGUUAUGAGAUGAGCUUGAAGCUGAAAGUCUGAAGGCAGUGUUGUUCCAACGGUGGAUCAAGGGAGACCCCUGGUGUUCCUUGGAAAUGCUUCUCAAGAAAUUCCCCCAACGAGAUUAGUAGUGGCAGGCAACCUCCCUGGAAACGCUGCUUGAUCUUAAGCUGGCCGGUGCAGUUUCACAUGUGCCUUCUAGCCUGCCCUCGUCCCAACUCAAGGGAGACCCAGAAGACUUGGCCACCAACCUCCUUGACUUGGUUGUGUGCAGAAACUCCCAUUGCAGGGGGUGGAAAUUUUUUGUUGUUGUUUUUUUAAAAAAAUGCAAGCUCCUGCUAGCAAAGCGAAAUCCAGACCAGCCCCUUCCACGAAGCUCCUUUCUCACCACACCUCUGCUUUCUUUGGGAAUUCCUGAGAAAUCUUGGGGUUCGAUACCCAACAAUGUAUAUACCAAGGAUAAGCUGAGCAGUUAGACCACACUUGUGCACACCUUAUUUGGAAUCUGGGUUGCCUUUCACUCGGUGUUGCUGACCAGGUUAUUCCCAGCACCGUGUAGCACUAUAAAAGCUGCUUUUAGCCACAGGGCGCCACAAAUUUAGAAUAUGAAAGCGAAACCACAAGGUCCUGGGUUGGGGUCUCAUCCGCCAUAAAUGUCAUUAAUGCACAAUCACUUGGCUGCCCUCCUGUGACAUGCUGCUUUACAGAAGGGACAGCAGGUGGAGCCAUACCAAUAAGUCAACUCUUGGCUCUUCAAAACGUUGGGGUUGUUGGCCUUUUGCAGUAUUUUGCAGGAAUUGAGUGUGGACUGGCGGCGGGUUGGGGUGGGGGUUGCCUGUUCCUCCUUCUACCCCGAUCCCCCUUUGGCUGUGUAUGGAAGGGACUUACCCUCAAAGCUGGUCUGUCGCAUGGAGCAAGAGGGCUCUGGACCUAUAGAGGGCUGCUGAGCACCCAGGCUCGGGGUUUGCUGCUGCUUCUGGCAACUCUGCUCACCCUCCCCAGCCAAGACACCUCCUAUUUGUAGGACCCUUUGCCCAACUGGAGGGUUGCAGUGGGUCCUCCCUAGGCAACCGCGGCGUAUUUCCGUCCUCCGAUUGGGAGAAUUCCAUCUGCUGAAACUAGUCGAGGGGGAUAAACGCAUGUGGUGCUUUCACCCCAGAGGACAGGUGGCAGACCUAAGGGUUGAGGUAAGGGGGCAAAGUCAAGUGACACCUGCCGCCACCCCCACCCCACCCCCACUUGAUGUCCUCAGAGACUGACCUACACAGAUAUUGCACACGUUCCAGUUCUUCCAAGUGCCUUUUAUACUUUUUGUUGAUAAUGUGCUUGUAUGUUUAAGAAAACGCAAUAUUUUGCUGGGAUAUUAUAUAUAUACGAACAUAAGGGAGUAGUCUUAACUCCUCCAGCUGGGGAUAAAAGCG